AUGUCUCGAAGACAUCCAAUUCGACGUUAUAGACCGGGUUUAGAUGAGGAUCAAACAAGAGAUGCUAUGAAAGUUUUAGAGAAAUUCGUCCGUAAGAAGUAUAGAAAUUCUGUUCUUGUUGGUACGAACGACUACGAUCUGAACUCUUCUGAACUUCUAACACCACAACCAUCAAGUCGCCCAGCUUCUGGAAUACAAUUCCCACAAUUUCCCAGCAGACAAUUCACUUUCGAUCAAUCCACAGUUGGUCAGGAAUCUCGUCCGCCCCUUGUCUCUACCUACACGUUUGAUUUUACUGAACAUAGUGUUAAAGAUGAAAUUAGGUUCGACAAGGACAACGAAACAAAAGCAGCAUAUAUUUCGCGAGUUUUACGAUAUUUCUAUGAAUAUUUAGGUCUAAAACACUUAGCGCUAAUUUUGAUUUUAAUAUUUUAUGCGUUGGUUGGCGGCUUUAUUUUUAUGGUCAUAGAGCUUCCCGCUCAGCAACAAGCAGAUUCAGAUUUUAUAAAGGAUUCGAAACAACGACACUCUCAUCUAGCUUCAUUUCUUCUGCAAUCCCUUUACACCAGCGGAUGUCUCAAAGAGUUACGGUCAAAACAUGACUCUGAAACUCAAAUAGUACAUGAGAAUUCAUUAUGUGCUCUUACAUUACGACCACUUCUUAAAUCCUACGAUGAAUCCGUAAGAAAAGCGUUGGCACCACAAAUACAAUGGAAAUGGGAUUAUUGGAAUUCUGUAUACUAUGCAGGAACAAUUUUCACUACUAUAGGAUAUGGAAAUAUAACGUGCAGAACACCUGUUGGACGAUUUGUUACAAUUUUAUAUGCACUUUUUGGUAUUCCAAUGAUGCUUGCUGUACUUAACGUUAUUGGAAAAGCUCUAUUUGGACAAGCUCAAACAUCUUACAUAUUCGUCCGCAGGUUAUUUCGACGUCGAUUGCGGCAUUUAAAAAGAUCUCGAGAUAUGGAAAGGUCUGGAACUAUUGAAACUAUGACUACGGAUGAUACUCAAGGAAUGAAACAAAACCCUGUGGAGGAUCUCUCACAUGUGGACGAAACUGGACUAUUCGAAACGUUUCCAAUGUCAUUAGCUAUACUUCUAGUAUUUCUUUACAUGUUCCUUUGUUCUUUCGUAUUUUCUAUCUGGGAACAAUGGGAUUUUUUCACUGCUGUGUACUUUUCGUUUAUUUCGAUGAGUACUGUCGGUUUUGGUGACGUCAUACCUGGACAUCCACGAUAUGCAUGUGGAAAACUCCCGAAAAAUGUCGAAAUUUUUUUCGCCUUCUAUUUUGUUGGGUUGGCACUAUUUUCAAUGUGCUACGCGAUCAUACAGGUCCGCUGGGAAAAUCAGUACAUGUGGGCGCUACAAUUGAUCGAUCAAGAACAUCAAGAUUUGAUCGACCAUCAAGAACCAACGCAAGAACACGAAAAAGAAGAAAAGGAACAGAAAUCUGCGGUUGACAAUUCUUCAUCAAUCCGAUGGCGAUCACCACAUCAUGAGAAUUCAGACAGUGAUGGUGAACAUAUAGAGGAGUUAUCCUCCACGGAUCGUAAUCGAUGUAGUACUGUGCUCUUGGAUUCCAAGGAUUUGCCGGUGGUACCUCCACCAGUGUUGGGAGUGUUUCUAUCACGGUCCAUUUCAACACGACAAAAGAGCACUUUAACUAGAUCCGAGAGUGCUCUAAGUCGACGAGUUAGCCGAUAUAGUCGUAAUAGAAAAGAGUCUCCUGAUUCCGGAGGAAAGCCUGGUACGGUAGCGCCAGGUAGGACGGGGUUGCAGGAGUCAUGUAGGCUACCAAAACGGAAAAGGACUAGGAUGGCGAUCUGUACUUACAACGCACGUACGCUUGCAUCGGAAGCGGCCAUCGAAGAUCUGAUGAUGCAAGCCAAGAAGAUCAAGUACGACGUCAUCGGACUGACCGAGACGAGACGACGUCACCCUCUCAACGCCGUGUAUGAAACUGGAGAAGAAUUGUUCUUAGGAACAUGCGACAGUAGAGGUGUUGGUGGAGUUGGCGUCCUCGUCAACACGAGUAUGGCAAAGAACAUCGACUCUUUUGAACAACUUACGACCCGAAUCGGACGUCUGCGGAUGAGAAGAUGUGGCCCAAUACCAGCUUUGACUAUCUUCGUCGUUUACGCUCCAACAUCAAGCUACGAAGAAGAAGAAGUCGAAGCUUUCUAUAUGGACCUGGAGAAGUUCUACCAAGAAGAUCAUGCCUUCUACAAGGUCAUAGUUGGCGAUUUCAACGCUAAGGUUGGCCCAAGAAGAACGCCGGAGGAACUUCACAUCGGGACCCACGGCCUACAAUGGAAUGACCAGGGAGAGAGGCUCUCCGAGUUCAUCAUGACGACUAAGACCAUCCAUGGGAACUCGCAAUUUCAGAAGCCCUCUUCUUUACGCUGGACGUGGGAGUCACCCGGUGGAGGGUACCGUAAUGAAAUAGACCACAUCAUCGUCAAUAAAAGGUUCUGCCUGACGGACGUCGGUGUUGUACCAAAGUUCUAUACGGGAUCGGACCAUCGCCUCCUCCGAGGAAGAUUUUCCUUCACAAGGAGAGCAGAGAAAGCCGCCAAGUUCAGAGAGAGAAAUCCCAGGACUACCAUCAACUGGGAUCUCUUCGCUACGUUAGCCGGCUUUUGGGAAGAUUCUGCAAUGGACAACAUCGACGAGGAAUAUGACCGGCUUGUCGAACACCUUCACGACUGCGCGAAGAAGGCUGAGAGUUUUAAAACCACCAAGAGCCAUGUCCACUUGCCUCCUCACUAUCUGAGGGAAGAUGGACAAGUCAUUCCAGAGGUUCUCCCGUCCGAAAUACGACAUGCUAUCAUGUCGGUAAGAAAUCGUACGGCACCCGGUCCCGACAGAAUAAGACCAGAACACCUGAAGAGCCUUCCGCCAGUACUCAUCAACACCCUGGCGAGGCUCUUUACACGUUAUCUGUCGGAAUGCAAGGUUCCUAAACAGUGGAAGACCAGCAAGACCGUGUUGUUGUAUAAAAGGGAGAUCCACAUGACAUCGGCAACUAUCGCCCAAUCUGCCUACUGUCCGUCAUCUACAAGCUCUUUACAAGACACGAUUGACCACAUUCACACUGUUUCGAAACUCAUCGAGGUAUCACGAGAGUACAAGAUGCCGCUCUGUCUCACCUUCAUCGACUUAAAGAAGGCUUUCGACUCGGUUGAGACGGAAGCGGUCGUGGAAGCCUUGGACAACCAAGGCGUCCCUACUCUAGAAUAUAAAGCCACCCUCGAGAACGCAGUGCGAAAAUUGGAAUGGGACGACAUGGGAGUGAAGGUUGAUGGUCGGCAGCUACACCAUUUGCGCUUUGCUGAUGACAUCGUACUGGUAACACCUAGCAUCAGCCAAGCGGAACGAAUGCUGACCGAAUUCGACGAAACAUGUGGAUGCAUCGGUCUUCAGCUGAACCUACAAAAGACGAUAUUCAUGCGGAACGGAUGGGUCUCGGAUGCCCCAUUCACGCUCAACGGAACGAACAUAUCCGAAUGCACCAGCUACGUUUAUCUGGGUCGGGAACUGAACAUGAUGAACGACCUGACCCCCGAGCUGGGCAGGAGGAGACGAGCGGCUUGGGGAGCGUACAAGAGCAUCGAGGAUGUAGUGAAGAAGACCAGGAACACCCGGCUCCGUGCUCACCUCUUCAACACCACCGUACUUCCUGCUUUGACCUAUGCUUCGGAAACCUGGGCAUUUCGCAAGCAGGAAGAAAACGCGGUGAGCGUCAUUGAACGCGCAAUUGAGAGAGUGAUGCUAGGAGUAUCCCGUUUCACGCAAGUGAGGGACGGGAUUCGAAGUUCCCUCCUACGUCAGCGAUCGAAGAUUAGAGACGCCGCCGCGUUUGCCAAGGAAAGUAAAAUAAGGUGGGCCGGACACGUGAUGCGCUUUGAUGACAACCGUUGGACCAGAGCCGUGAGCGACUGGGUUCCCCGCGAUAUUAAGCGCACUACAGGAAGACCGCCGACCCGAUGGUCAGAUUUCUUCACGAAGUCCUUGAAAGAAAAAUAUGAUGCUCUUCGUGUCCCACGCGAAAGGAGGAACCACUGGGCUACUCUGGCACGCGAUCGGGACAAAUGGAAGAAUCACUGGCGCCCGCUCGACCAGUUCGAAGAUCAACGGGAGUCAAGGUCUUUCUUCUCGUCAACAAACAGCGAAAAUUUAUCACCGGUUGAAAACAAAUCACCAUGGCUGUCCGUCUCUACCGAUCAAUUCAUCUCACCAGGACCUUCAGGCCCAAGGUCAACCAGUUCAGCCGCCAGUCUCUCUCAACGUGGAGUUCAUGGACACAAACUUUCGGCCAUCAAUGAAGUGAGCGAUGAGGACACUCUGCAAUCACGACGUGGCUCCGUAAUGAGGAAAUUGCAAAGAUAUGAUGCGGUUGAAGUGGAGACACCGUUAAUUGAGAGGAUUAAUAUCGAAACUGAGAGUUUGGAGAAAUUAUGGCCAACUGACUCGCCUGAAACUACAUCCUUAUCACCUCCGGAAGACGACUUUGGCUCAGACCCAAGUCCUGAAUCGAAUCGGUCGCUAAAUCCUGCAAAAAUUGACAGCUCGAGGGAUAAAGCGACCCCUUCAAAUAGAUAG